CCCCAGCCUCGGCGAGAUGUGGUUUUGUGCAUCCCCAGGUUACCUUGCCACCCGGAUCCAGAUUUCGGGAGUUUUGAGGGCUCAUCUGUUCUGAUCACAGUUAGAUGUGAAGAUGUCACCAAAGGACCAGUAUACAGCUUUGGACUUUCAUUGUUGCUGAUUCUCUGUGCAACGGAAUGGUUGUGAAAUGUGGAAAUGGCUGCCGGCGGCAGUGCUAUCUUUGGAAAAUGGCGGCAAUUGGUUGGUGGGAACAGUGAAGAAUCUGAUCCAGCUCUGCAUGGCAACUAGUGAUGCCGUUGGCAAUGGUAGGUUUGACAUCUGAUGAUGUUGGCAGCCUACUCUACUCUCUACUGCCGCCGGCGCCAUUCUUGUUGCGCCACCUCUGGCGGUCAGAUAGUCGAUGUUCACACGGCGCUUCCAAGAUUCCGAUCGUGCUGUCCGAUUAUGGUAUGCGCAAGAGUCCAUCCUUGACAGAGCCCGUGUCCAACGCAUCGUCACAAGGCCGGGCAGCCGGCGUCGGGUGCAUACUCAUACGUGCAAGGCAGCGAGGCAGCCUGCCAUGGGCCAGAAUCUGAUUCGACUCGUUGAGAAGAUGAUGCUUGAUGGUUGCCUCGACGAAAGCACAAAAGCUAGGACCACCUCCAUCGCCGGCGAGGCCAGGUCGCGCCGCUGCCGGUCGUGGUCGAGCAGCUGGGAGUUUUUUCUUUUUCUUUUUUUUUUUUGAUAAGAUCAGCUGAGAGACUGAUGAGCGGCAAGUUCUACUGCAUGACGAUGAGGAUGAACAUCGACUGCAACGGGUGCUACCAGAGGAUCAGGAGGGCGCUCCUCCACAUGCAAGACCUGGAGAGCCACCUGAUCGACCGGAAGCAGCACCGGGUGAGCGUCUGCGGCGCCUUCGUGCCGCGGGACGUGGCCAUCAAGCUCCGCAAGAGGACCAACCGCCGCGUCGAGAUACUGGAGAUCAAGGAGGUCGACGCCGGAGGCGGAGGAGACCCGCCGUCGGAGGGCGGCGGCCAGCAGCGCUGAAGGAGUGGCCGCAGCCCGCCAAGGCAGGCAGGACACACACAGCCUCCGACCCCCUAGACCGGACCGUCUGCGUCCGUGCCGGCUUGGCGUUGCCCGCUUGCUUUCAGGUCCCACCCCACUGUAGCUCAUGCCGGGUUGCUGUUGCCGUCCCGGUAAUCUAGCGCCAAUGGUCUUAGGCCUACACCUGUAGACUUGUAGUUGGAAGUUGGAACGCUGUUGCAUUGGCGCACUGUUCGAAACAGAUACCAUUGUCCACGGAUGCUCGCGAUCACAGCCUAAAAAAACUUAGCCUUGGAGUA